AUGAGGAAGAGAAAGAGAGCUCAUACAGAGGUACGAGCAGAUGAGUACAAUUCGUCGAUAGCGGCAACUCCGGGCCGUACAAAGAAAAGAGACCUUAGCCCCGAUUCCGAUAUCGACUCCAGCACCGACUUUAGCGAGCCCGAAUCGCGGGUUUCAUCUGACCGAGGAUCCGACCAGGCAGGAGAGGAUGAGCAGGAUGUUACGCCUCAACAUGAAGACAACGACUCAGCUUCAGACGAUCAGGCGCCUGCGACGGCCAAGAAGAAGAGAAGAAACGUUUAUGAAGGGAUGUACGACAAAGCCAUGGCUGAGGUGCGUUUUCUCAAGCGCCUGUUGGAAAAGGGAGUCGGUCUUUCACAGAAAGAUGUGGAUGCAUGUCGGCAGCGUGUUGACAACGGCACGACCUACAAGCGUGCCAUUGCCCAUGUAUUUCCCCCAACCCACCAAAAUACGCAGCGGCGCAAGAAUAGCGCAGCUUGA